AAAGUGCUUCAGCUGGAGAAAUGGCAGGAGAGACAAAAACCCUUAAAAGCUAACGUGCCGAAUAUAGUGUACUUAAAGCGUUCAGUCGAUGUGGAUCCAACGACGCUUUUUGUUGCUCUCCAGAUGUUUUGUAUGCCAGAUCUCUGCUGCGCACGCUCUCUGCUCGCCGGAUUCACUCUUUCUUCCUCUUAUAGCAGAACGGCUGCGCGGAAUUCCCCUUUGUGUUACCAGGAAAACGCGUUCAUUUUCGGCUUUUGGUCUGACGAGUCGCCCUAGAACAUGUCUCCGCUGUGCUGCUGCUUCAUAGUGAGUGUGUGCGUAACAGCACUGGCCUCAGGGCUCCCCCCUCCCAGGAAUGUCCGACUGACAUCUCACAACAUGGAUUUGUAUCUGAGGUGGAGACCCCCAGAAAAUCUAUCCAAUCAGAUUUUCUACUCCACAAAGCUCCAGGCGAGUUUUGACAGUGUCCUAUCCCGACCAGCCUGCGUCAACACUUCGGCCCUUUUCUGUGAGCUUUCAGAACCAGGCCUUAAACUCACACUCCUGGAGUUUGGCCAGUACAAUGCAUCAGUCCGGGCACUGUCUGGAAAUGAGAUGUCAGACUGGGUCUACAGCCAGCCUCUCACCAUGGACAAAGACACUGUGAUCGGUCCCCCAAUGGUGGCUCUCGUCCCUCAGGGAGCAUGUUUAGAGGUGAGCGUGAAAGACCCAGAGUUCCGAGUUUCCUCCAUGACAAAUGUCUUUGGCCUGCCACAGUACAACAUUAACUACUGGCCCAGAAGGCGCGCACACCAGGCUUCACACAUGCAGGUGCGACAGAACCGGGUCGUUCUCAGUGGCCUGGAACCAUGGACUGAGUACUGUGUCCAAGUCCAAAUCCAUGUAGAUCCAGCGAGGAACCAGAAUUCUGCUGAAGCCAGUAAGCCAGUGUGUGAGAGCACUGCUGACAUGCCCUCUCCUCCUUGGAUAACUGCAGUAGUCACUUUUGUGGCUUUAGCACUGACUGUGGCAGUCGUGGUCAUCACUGUCAUUUACCACAAACAGAUCUUCCACUUCCUUUGUCCUAAGCACUCACUGCCUCAGCCCUUGCAGAACCUACCAGAGUGCCCCCACGCUCCACUUUUUGUGCCAGAAGAACAGUGUCACCCACUCACAAUGAUUCCAUGGCAGGAUGAAGGGGAGCACCUCACUGCAAACUCAUGACACCAAAUCUUUUACUGAAACACUACCAGCUGGUCAGAGCUACACUGAAACAAUCAACCACUGGGCUGUAUCAUUUUGGUUUGUUGCCAUUUUAUGAACUGUGAAGUGAUUAUUUAAAAUGCCUAUUCACAAAAAUAUGAGUAUAGGGUGAAACUACAGCAAAAUGCUUUCACACCAGCAGGUUCACAAUAAGUAAUUUGUGUGGCCCUCCUAUGGGAGGAGGGCCAUAGAGACCCCCAAUCCCG